AUGGUUGACUAUUACUUCGAUAAGGGAGCGGCCGUAAUCGAGCCUAAAUUAGUCGAGGAAAUGAAAUCAAACUCGAUGAGCACGACUGAUAAGAGAAAUCUCGUCGAUGGAAUUCUGAAGAACAUCAAGCCCGUUAGCAAGGUUCUAUACAUCACCUUCCCGAUUCGUCGUGACAAUGGCGAAUAUGAAGUGAUCGAAGCGUGGCGUGCUCAACACUCUGAACAUCGAACCCCCACAAAGGGUGGUAUUCGUUACUCACCGGAUGUGUGCGAGGAUGAGGUUAAAGCCUUGGCGGCCCUGAUGACAUAUAAAUGUGCCGUUGCCGAUGUUCCAUUCGGUGGAGCAAAAGGGGGCGUUAAGAUCGAUCGCAAGCAUACAGGAUUCCUCGGGCCUGGUGUUGACGUGCCAGCACCCGAUAUGGGAACCGGAGAGCGUGAAAUGGGAUGGAUCGCUGACACUUACGCACAUACAAUCGGACACCUCGAUAGGGAUGCGGCUGCUUGUACUACUGGAAAGCCGAUCGUCGCCGGUGGUAUUCAUGGACGUGUUUCUGCAACAGGUCGAGGGGUUUGGAAAGGUCUUGAGGUGUUCAUCAACAAACCGGAGUUCAUGAAUAAAAUUGGACUUUCAUGCGGAUUGGAAGGAAAAACCGUUAUUAUCCAAGGUUUUGGUAAUGUGGGACUCCACACGAUGCGUUAUUUGCAC